GACGUAAGAGUGCCAGCUGUUCUUGUCCAAUCAGAGUUCAGCUAAUCGAGGCGCGAAAACAUAAUCGUCCAAUCACGAGUUGAAAACAAACAUGGCGUCGAAUUCAGAUAAGCAGGAAAAGAAGCGGAAGGAGAGCAUCCUUGACCUGUCUAAGUACCUUGAGAAGAAUAUCAGGGUCAAAUUCGCGGGAGGGCGGGAAGCGUUCGGCGUGCUCAAGGGUUACGACCCUUUGCUUAACCUCGUCCUUGAUAACACCACGGAGUUUCUUAGGGAUCCAGAUGACCCCUACAAACUGACAGAUGACACUAGGCAACUAGGGUUAGUCGUGUGCCGAGGGACGGCAGUCGUUCUUAUUUGUCCUACAGACGGCAUGGAGUCCAUUCCAAACCCCUUCGUCCAGGCAGAGUGAAAGACAAUCAAAGUUCAAAGUGCGAUAUUUUAAGUUUUUUUUUCAUUCAUGUAACUGAAACUACCAGCUUCUGGGUUAAAUUUGUUAUUCUCCGUCUUCAUUGAUUAUAAAAUAUCAGGCAAUAAAUCUGAAAGUUUGAUCAUUGCA